GAAGCAGAAGCAGCUGAGAAAAGGCAGCCAAGUUGGGGUGAUGGGGCCCACCACUUCUCCUUCCUCUUUAAUUCACAGUAGAGAGAGAAAGAAGAGAGAGAAAGAGGGAGGGGGGGCCAUGGCCAUGGCCGAUUUUUCUAGAGCUUUUUCUUAAAAUGUCAGAGAACAAUAAAGAGCUUCAAUCUUAGCUGUUGUCUUGUCCAGUAAUGGCGGAGAGCCCAUAAUACUUUGUCUCCAUUCCUUCGCCUUAAAUUCGCCUCUCUUUCGCCUCGGAAUUUUCAGAUAGUGAAAAGGCAGAGGGACGAGAAAUUCAGCCGCAAGAUCAUGAAGAUCCGUUGCGAUGUCUGUGAUAAAGCGGAAGCCGCUGUAUUCUGCUCCGCCGAUGAAGCCGCUCUCUGCCAUGGCUGCGAUCUCCAGGUCCACCAGGCGAACAAGCUCGCCGGCAAGCACUCCCGAUUUUCGCUGCUUCAGCCGAUCGUAACGGAAUCUCCUAUCUGCGAUAUCUGUCAGGAACGGCGCGCGCUCGUAUUCUGUCAACAAGAUAGGGCGAUUCUUUGCAGAGAAUGCGACAUUUCAAUUCAUGAAGCGAACGAACAUACGCAGAAGCACAGCAGAUUUCUUCUCACAGGUGUGAAGCUUUCUCCGACUUGUUUUUCGUACCAAACAUCUUCCUCCUCCGAUGGCUGUGAUGCCGGCAUGGAUGUUAAAACUGGAAGCUCCCACGCUUGCAGCAAGAGGCCUAAAACGGCCACGAAAGAAAUCUCCAGCUCUCAUUCCGCUGAAAAAGCAGCUCCGUCGACAAGUAAUUACAAGGCCGAAGACGGCCAAGCGAGCGACGGCGGUUCGCUCUCGACGAGCAGCAUAUCGGAGUAUCUGGAGACACUACCGGGAUGGUGCGUGGAGGAAUUUCUCGAUCCUUCCGCGGCCGCCGCCAAUCGUUUCUGUAAGUUUAACAGCGAAAUUGUGGCAUUUGAGAAUCAAAAUCUAGAGGACCAACACGAAUCAUUGGGCACCACCAGAUUUGGCAACACACUGGAAUUUUCAGGUAAAAUUUCUCAAACUAGGUCUUGGAAUGGGGUAGGAAUCUCCAGGAAAACUUGUAGACGUGAAAAAAUGGGGGUGGGUGAUCAGAUCAUCAGCAGCUUCGGCUCUGAAAGUGAAACAAUUCUGGUAAAAUAAAAAGGAACAAACAGAAACUAACUUUUUGUUUGUUCGCUGCUGCUGAUUUGCAUAUUUUGUACGGGCGUUCCUUUGCUCAAAUCUCUAACUGGUUCUGAUGACAAAAUGGAAUCAAAACCCCUUUGGUUGUUUGGUUUAA